UUAUUGUUAUAUUUUCAUUUUAAACAAGAAAAAUGUUUAGAAAAGGGAUGAAUCCUGGUCAAGUUUUAUUUUUGUGCUAUCAAUUUCUUUUUUGUCAGUUUUUAAGUGCAGAAGCCCAUUUGCGAUUACUGGAGAGGGCUGGAGUAACAACUUUUUACGAGAGCGAUGAAUGGUUUAAAUAUCCCAAAAUAAAUGUUGGUUUGGUGAAUCUUUUUGCAUCUUCAUCAAUUAUCAUUGAGUCUAAAGAAAAAAUUUUUACUAUUGUAACAAAAAAUGAAACCGAGAAUGAAACAUGGUUUCUUACAUUGUUUAAAUCAAAAGGCUCAAAAAAACUUGUGCAAAAAAUAUCACCUUUUGAUGAUUUUAUAUUCAAGUUUCAAUUUGAGGGAGGCCAAAAUGAAGAAGCUAAAAUUGAAACAAGUUUUUAUGUAAUGGAUUCAAUGAAUAUUGGAUACUUCUUGUUUGGUUGUUUACUAUAUAAGUUUGCAAAAAAAUUAAGCAGAAGUACUAUUUUUCAUUACACAUCAGGAGCUACUGCAGGAGUUCUAUUAACUUGGUGUUUUGUAUUGUUUAUACUCUACAAAUUUAUGCCAAUGAAGAAAUACUUGACAGGUUUAAUUGUAACCAUUAGUGGUGCUGGAAUUUACUUCACACAGAAGAUUUUAGAUAAUGCAUUUUAUUUAAUUACAAAGUUUCCAUAUCAUGUUUUGACACUUAGUGCUGUGUCUGCAAUGAUAGCCCUCGCCAUCCUCUACUACUAUGGUCCACCCUCUAAUGAACGUGCACUGAACCUGCUACAAUGGUUUCUCCAACUAACUGCAGUGUAUCUUGUUUACCAGAGCAGUUACUGUAAAAAAGUCUCUAUUACAUUUGUAACAAUUUUGAUUGGUUCAAGUUUUGUGAAUUUAAAGUCUAUGCUGUGCAAAUGGUUUAGCAAAAUUUUGCCUCGAAAAUAUUGUUACCUACUGCACAGGAUUCCAAAACAUCGUUUUCUUACAUUAGAAGAAUAUGAAGCACAAGGAGUUUUAGAAACAAAAAAGUCUUUAAAGGAAUUGAGAAUGUUUUGUUCAAGUCCAUCAUGCAAUAGCUGGGAUUUUGUUGCUAAACUUAAAUAUCCUAAAAGGUUUGCUCGGUUUAUAAAAUCCGGAGAUCACAUAACUACAGAUGAAUUAGAGGCGUACGAUAACACCGAUGAAAUCGAUUAUGAAAGUGAUGAAAUAGAAUCUCAUAAUGUAAAUACAAAAAGUGACUGGAAUCGUUCUGCAAAUGAUUCCUGUUUAAAAGAUCCAAAGUUAUUUAAAGUAACUAAGUUAAAUACUUCAAGUUCUUUAAAAAAUUCUUAUAAAAGUAAUGUUCUAGAAGAUAGUGACGGUUCUAUUGAUGAUGAAAUCUCUUGGAUAAGCGAAAAAUCAGAUUUUUAAAUAAUUCAUAUUACCUAUUAUUUUAUU